GGUUAACAAGAAGAUGGAUCGCAAGAAGGCACAAAGCAGCUGAAGUUAUUCAGAGGGCUUGGAGAACAUGGAGAACCCUGAUGGAUGCCUUGGCCGCAGCAGAGCUGGACGACACCGCGGAGAUUGAAGAGCAGCUGGUAUCUGUGCAGGGGUCUCCAGUCAGAGCUGUUAAAGGUUUCACACGGAUGUCAUCAGCAGGCACACCUCAAGCCCAGGAGCCUGUGCUGGUCCAGUCGUGGCCCUUUGGCCUGGCCCUUUCUUCAGCCCCCUACCUCAGCAUGCCUGUCACUGCCAGUGGGCUGCAGAAAGUCAUGUCUCUGCUGGCCUGCUUAAAGCUCUCAUUCAGGAAUGCAAACUACAAAGUGGAGACCAACCAGUUUGGUCAGGGAGUUGCAUCAAUAAGAGCACCACCGCAAGAAACCAUCAAGUUGCAUCUCGGACGAUCCCCCUUGCUUUAUGCUGAUGUUUGUCCAGGAAAGAAAAGUGAUCAUAUCACUGGCUAUAACCAGAUUUUACUUGAAAAAACAUGAUUGCUGUCUACACUACAAGCUGCCUUCCUGCAUCACUGUAUUGCUGCCUUAUUGAUAAAUAUAUAUCACUUUGCUCUAGCUGCCUAUAACACACAACACUAUACCAAUAAAACUACAGUAUUUACUCUACAGAUUCAAUCAGGUUAAAUCAAUGUUUCACCAAGUGCCUUCACCUCAGGGCCAUUGAUUGAAGCAAUAAACUUGAAGCUACCUAUUUAUGUUAGUAUUAGCAGCUGAAAUGAUGUUGUAUUUUUCAUACAUAUAUUUUGUUAUUUCUGUUCUUUU